AAAUGUAUCAUCUAUCUAAAACAUAUUGAGUUACUUUUUUUUUCUUCCAACAGGACAACAGUCAGUGUCAACCAAGUCCGAGGUUUUUAACAUUUAAAACUGUUCAGCAUUGCCAACAGAUUGUAAGUUAUAUUAAAGUCAGGAAGUAGCCUACAUCGAUGUAAUGGUCUAAUGAUACACAUACUUGUCAUGUUUUAAUGUUAUGGGGUAUUUCUCCUGUUGUGUUGUGCCGUCCUCUAGACGCAACUCCUUUUGCGUAAAAAGCACACUUUUACGCACAGCAGGGUCGACCAGUUGCAUCCGCCAAUGGAUUUAACAAGAUGUUGCUUUGAGUGCGGAAGUAAAGUAAAAUAUUAAACUCCCAGUGCAACGUCCUGGUAUUACUCAAUUGAAAGGAUUCUGAACACUGUCCUGCCUUCCCGGAAACAGGUUUCAUUUUGCGAAUUGAGAUGGUUGUUUGGGUGUAGGUCUAUGGGAAAAUACCUCGUAUAAGAAAAGGCUCAUCUUGUGCCCACUUGGACUCGCCUAUAACAUAUAGUGCAAACUAAUAUUUUCAAAGUUGCUGUCUUGGAGAGAAACAAAGAUUAAGAGACUAAGGUUUUACAGAAUCAUAUAAAUGAUCAUGGCUCCACAUCCUAUAAUCCAGGCCAUCAUCGACUUCUCAGCUGGAGCAAUGGGGGGUACAGCUUGCGUGCUGAGCGGGCAGCCCUUUGACACAGCAAAGGUGAAGAUGCAGACCUUCCCCACCCUGUACCGCGGCUUCAUCCACUGCUUCACAUCCACUUUCAGACAGGUGGGCUUACGUGGUCUCUACAAAGGAACAUCCCCAGCCCUUAUAGCCAACAUCAGUGAGAACGCUGUGCUCUUCCUCAGUUAUGGUCUCUGCCAGGAUGUGAUCCGAUUUGUGUCCAGUAUGGAGAAAGAGGCCCAUCUCAGUGAUAUUCAGAAGGCAUGCGCAGGGUCUUUAUCCUCCAUCUUUUCCUCCAUGGCACUUUGCCCCAGUGAGCUGGUGAAAUGUCGCCUGCAGGCCAUGCACGAAAUGGAGGCAUCUGGCAAGAUAGCAAUCGGCCAGAAAAGCACUGUGUGGACAGUAGUGAAGACUGUGUUGAAGACUGAUGGCCCCUUGGGUUUCUACCAAGGACUCACAUCCACCUUAGUGAGGGAGAUACCAGGUUACUUCUGCUUCUUUGGGGCCUAUGAAAUGUGUCGGACUAAAUUUGCGCAGUAUAAGGGCACGGACAAAGAUAGCAUAGGUAUUCUUCCCCUCAUGUUCAGCGGUGGAUUUGGAGGAGCUUGUCUCUGGUUGACGGUUUAUCCCAUUGACUGUGUGAAGACCAGGAUCCAGGUUUACUCUUUAGCUGGGAGGCAAGAGGGCUUCAUGAAGACCUUCAUGGGUGUUAUACGAACUGAGAGCUUCACUGCUCUGUACUCAGGCCUGACUCCCACCAUGAUACGCACCUUCCCUGCCAACGGAGCCCUCUUCCUGGCUUACGAGCUCAGUCGCAAGUUUAUGAUGGAUACGGCUGGUUACUGAUGUGUCUCCACACACAGAAAGUAUUGUGCUCAAACACUCUCUCGUCCUUAUGUAUUUUUUUUAAAUGAAAUGACUUAGAUUGUGUCUUAAUAUUUGAUUAAAUGUCACUUAAAAAUACUGAAAAUACUUUUGGAAUGGAUGUAUUUGAAUAUGAUAAACACAUUUUGUGCAGUGCUGGCCACAGUGAUUUAAAAAAAUAAAGCUUUAAUCAGUAUAUCCA